UUUUUGUUUCCAUUUAUGCUUUUUCUUUUCCUUUUUUAUUUCUUUCUUUCUUUUCUUUUUUUUUUUUUAAUUUUUUUUCACAGAUUCCCAUUUGCAUUGUAGUUUCAUCUUGCUCUUUUACAACCCCAUAAAAUUGUUUGAGAAUUCUCAUCUUUCUUUGUGAUUGUGAUUGCCCGUUGAAAUCCAGCAAUUUCUGUCUGAAAUCUGAAAUGGUAGGGUGCAAGCUUUGUAUAAAGAAAUGAAAACAGAUUGGCUUAGUACCCUUUUGCAGAGCAAAUUCUUUGGUUCUUGCAUUCAUCAUCAAGAGAUUCGCAAAAACGAAGAGAAUGUAUUUUGCAUCGAUUGCAGUCUUGGGUUUUGUAGGCAUUGUAUGGCAGCUCAUUGCUUCCACCGGCGGCUUCAAAUCUGCAAAUAUGUCUACCAUGAUGUUGUCCGCCUUCAUGAAAUGCAGAAGCAUCUUGACUGCUCUAAAAUUCAGACAUAUAAAAUCAAUGGUGAGAAGGCCGUGCAUCUCAAUCCCCGGCCUCAAUCCAAAGAUACAAAACCAUCAACUAAAUCAAAGUUUGGUGGUACUUGUGAAGCUUGUGAGAGAUACUUACAAGACCUUACUAACCGCUUCUGUUCCAUUGCAUGCAAGGUCUCUGCAGUUUCAGUGAAGCCCAGGGAUGAAAGCCAUGAUUUGAUGAUCCCCUUCCCAACUCCAGAAGCUGCUACAACUUUGGAGGAAAAUUGCCAUCAAGAAACAGACACAAACGAAAUGGAAUCGUCGAUCUCAGUGGCUGAUUCAUCGGAGGAGAUAAGGGGGGCCGGGGUAAGUUCAGCUUUGAAGCCAAGGAAGCCCCGGCACAAGAGGAAAUGCAUCCCUUUGAGGGCUCCUCAUUUCUGAUGCUUUAAACAAACCAUACCCCUCCUCUCCCACUCUCUUUCUUUUGUUCUUUUCAUUCCAUAUAUUUCUUAUACAGUUUAUGUUCAUUUUCAUUUGCCACUUUUUUUUUUACAUUUUUUUUUUUUAUAUUAUCAAGGUGCUAAAACAGAAACGCUAUUAAAAAUUCCCCGAUGUAAAAUCUUUCCUGGCCUGAAGAAUUUUUUUGACAGCAUAAGAAAGAUUGUAAAGAUGAGAAAAAUAGUUGCUUUCUUAUUAACACGAGGCAUUUGGUUGA